AAUGAAGUCAUCCACAGCUGGUCUCGAAAAACGAAAGCAAUCAGCUAAAAGUAUGUCUGCAAAAAGUGCUCCACCAAAAACAUCAACAGCAAGUAGUCAUGAAAUGGCCCCAUUUUUUUCAAUAUUUUAUCGAGGAAUUUCUUCAAAAAUUAAUAGAUCGGCUAGUAAGAUUGAUUUAGAUGGACAGAAUGAACAAAUUGGUGUUACAAGCAGAAAAUUUGUUUCGACUUCUUCUGCCGAUAAACCCCCAAUACCUUCAGCAUUAAAAGGAGCUAAAGGAAAUAAUGUUGCCGAUGCAGCAAUACAUAGAAGAGGUACUGCUCCAUCUAGUGGACGAUCUAAAUCUACUGUUGAAUUGGCUAAAGAAAAGGCGGCAGCCGAGGGGAAGACUUGGAGAGAGAAUGUUGAAUCGAGGUCACCAGUUAGUGUAAUUAAAAGUACUAUUGGUAUUAGUUCAGCACCAACAUCUCCACAACGCCAGAGACGAUGGCCAUUUAAUAUAAGGGGAUCCAAAGCUCAAUCUCAAGAACCAACACCAUUCCCAGUUUCACAACAACAAAAUGGGUUUCCUUCUAAUAAAGCCACAACAACAACAUCUUCACAACCAACAUUAUUAGAUAAUCAACAAUCAUCAGAAUUACCUCCUCCAGUCCCUAUUAGGCGAAAACAAGGGCAACAGGAAGAAUUGGUAAAAUUAAAAUUAAUAAUUUUAAUAGCCCCCUUUUAA